CCCCCUGACCCCCGCCCUUUGACCUGUGACCCCGCAGAGCCCCAUGUCCUGAUUCAGGCCGAGUUCUACCAUCGCUCGGAAGGCCCGGAUUCGGCGGCGGCUCAGUUCGGUUUCCACUUCGACUCGGACGAACUUUUCCACGUGGAGCUGGAGGCGGCUCAGACCGUCUGGAGGCUGCCGGAAUUCGGCCGCUUCGCCAGCUUCGAGGCGCAGGGAGCCCUGCAGAACAUGGCCGUGGGCAAGCAGAACCUCGACGUCAUGAUCCACAACUCCAACCGCUCCCAGGAGGGCUUCGGUACGGGGGGGUUGGGGUCGGAGGUCAAAGGUCGGGGGCCUGGU